UGCAUGCACAGAAAGAGAGCCGAGUUUGUCCAGCAGACACACACGUUGGAGUCUCCUCCAUUUUCUUCCUCUGUCACGAUGAAGGUGGAAGGUGUGUGUGAGCUGAUGUGGAUCCAGCAGCAUGGAUCAGUGGGAGGAGCCACAGGAGGGAGCCCCUCCCUCUAAAAGCAGAGAUGGUAACCAUGACAACCAGAGCAAAGCUCAGAGGAACCAACCUGGAUCUGGAUCCAGCUGGGGGUCCAACAGGGUUGACAUGUCGAAGGAUUUACCUCCUUUCUUCAAGGACAUCCAUCCAGCAGUGGAACAAGGUCAACAGGUCACACAGAGAGUCCAGUCUGCAGCCUCCAGCUGUGGAUCCAUGAAGAGUGACUGGUCCAAAGAUGAUCCUCCACUCUUCAGAACUGAACCAGGACCUUCAGACUCACAAGGUCAACAGGUCACACAGAGUGUCCAGUCUGCAGCCUCCAGCUCCAUGAAGAGUGACCGGUCCAAAUUUAUUCCUCCAAACUUCAGAACUGAACCAGGACCUUCAGACUCACAAGGUCAACAGGUCACACAGAGAGUCCAGUCUGCAGUCUCCAGCUGUGGGUCCAUGAAGAGUGACCGGUCCAAAUUUAUUCCUCCAAACUUCAGAACUGAACCAGAACCUUCAGACUCACAUGUCCACAGAGAGAAGAAGAGGAGCGGACCCCAGUCUGCAGAAAGAGCCAGAGCUGCAGAUGUUGGUCUGCAGGAGAUGUUUGGAGAACAUCAGAUCAGUCUGAGGAGCAGAAGUGAACAUGUGGCUGAAGGAACUGAAGAAGCAGGAAGAGAAACGCUCCUCAACAGGGUCUACACUGAGCUCUACAUCACAGAGGGACUGAGACCAGAGGCUCACACCCAACAUGAGGUGAUGCAGCUGGAGACCACCACCAAGACCAACAAGCUCCAUGGCACUGCAAUCAAGAACCCAGACAUCUUCAAAGUCCUCCCUGACCAACACAGAUCCAUCAGAGUGGUUCUGACCAGCGGAGUUGCUGGAGCUGGAAAAAGCUUCUCAGUGCAGAAGUUCACUCUGGACUGGGCCGAGGGCUUGGAGAACCAAGACAUCAGUGCUGUGGUGCCUCUGUCCUUCAGGGAGAUGAACUUGAUCAGAGAUGAGCAGCACAGUCUUCUCACUCUGAUCCAGCUGUUCCAUCCAACACUCCAGAAGAUCCCAGCAGAACAGCUGUCUGUCUGCAAACUUCUGUUCAUCUUUGAUGGUCUGGAUGAAAGCAGACUUUCUCUGGACUUCAACAACAGUCCGCUGGUGUCUGAUGUCACACACAAGUCCUCAGUCAACGUGCUGCUCACUAACCUCAUCCAGGGACGUCUGCUGCCCUCUGCUCUGGUCUGGAUCACUUCCAGACCUGCAGCAGCCAAUCAGAUCCCUCCUUCAUGUGUGGACAGACUGACAGAAGUCCGAGGCUUCAAUGAUGCUCAGAAGGAGGAGUACUUCAGGAGGAGGUUCCCAGAUGGAGAGCUGUCCAGCAGAAUCAUCUCCCACAUCAAGGGCUCAAUGUCUCUCUACAUCAUGUGUGAAGUUCCAGUCUUCUGCUGGAUCACUGCUGUGGUUCUGGAGAACUUGCUGACCACAGAGCAGAGAGGAGAGCUGCCCACCACCCUGACUGACAUGUACUCCCACUUCCUGAUGGUCCAGACAAAGAGGAAGAAGAACAAGUACCAGCAGGAACAUCAGACAAGUCCAGACAGGGAAGUUCUUCUGAAGCUGGGGAGGCUGGCAUUUGAACAUCUGGAGAAAGGAAACAUCAUGUUCUACCAAGAAGACCUGCAGCAGUGUGGUCUGGAUGUCACAGAGGCCUCAGUGUACUCUGGAGUUUGUACUGAGAUCUUCAGAAGAGAGUGUGAGAUCUUCCAGAAACCGAUCUACAGCUUUGUUCAUCUGAGCGUUCAGGAGUUUCUGGCUGCAGUCUACAUGUUCCACUGUUACUCCAACAGGAAGGUAGAGGUCAUUGAGGACUUCCUGAAGAACAACAUGGAGAACCCAUCCCUGGAUGAGUUUCUGAGUAGAGUCAUGAAGAAAUCCCUGCAGAGUCAAACUGGACACCUGGACCUGCUGGUUCGAUUCCUUCAUGGUCUCUCUGUGGAGUCCAACCAGAGACUCUUAGGAGGCCUGCUGGGUCAGACAGAGAAGAAUCCAGAAACCAUCCAGAGAGCCAUCAACAACCUGAAGGAGAUCAACAGUAAAGGAGUCUCUCCUGACAGAAGCAUCAACAUCUAUCACUGUCUGAUGGAGAUGAAGGACCUCUCAAUUCAUCAGGAGAUCCAAGAGUUCCUGAAGUCAGAGAACAAAUCAGAGAAGAAACUCUCAGAGAUCCACUGCUCAGCUCUGGCCUACACUCUGCUGAUGUCAGAGGAGGUUCUGGAUGAGCUGUACCUGAACCAGUACAACACAUCAGAUGAGGGUAAACGGAGACUGAUCCCAACUGUGAGGAACUGCAGAAAGUUCAUAAUUCCAACACGAUGUGGACUCUCAGAGACUCACUAUGAAAUUGUGGCCUCAGCUCUAAAGUCCAACCCGUCCCACCUGACAGAACUGGACCUGAGCAACAACAACCUGAAGGAUUCAUCCAUGAAGGUUCUGUGUCCUGGACUGGAGAGUCCAAACUGCAGACUGCAGACUCUGAGGUUGAAGAACUGCAGUUUGUCAGAGAUCAGCUGUGAAGCUCUGGUCUCAGCUCUGAAGAAAAACCCGUCCAAUCUGACAGAACUGGACCUGAGUAACAACAGAAACCUGCAGGAUUCAGGAGUUCUUCAUCUGUGUGGUUUUCUGGAGAGUCCAGACUGCAGACUGCAGACUCUGAGGUUGAAGGACUGCAAUUUGUCAGAGAACAGCUGUGAAGCUCUGGUCUCAGCUCUGAAGAAAAACCCAUCCAACCUGAUAGAACUGGACCUGAGUGUGAACCUGAACCUGCAGGAUUCAGGAGUUCUUCAUCUGUGUGGUUUUUUGGAGAGUCCAAACUGCAGACUGCAGACUCUGAGGUUGGAGAACUGCAGAUUGUCAAAGAGCAGCUGUGAAGCUCUGGUCUCAGCUCUAAAGAAAAACCCGUCUAAUCUGACACAACUGGACCUGAGCGUGAACCAGAACCUGCAGGAUUCAGGAGUUCGUCAUCUGUGUGGUUUUCUGGAGAGUCCAGACUGCAGACUGCAGACUCUGAGGUUGGAGAACUGCAGUUUGUCGAAGAUCAGUUGUGAAGCUCUGGUCUCAGCUCUGAAGAAAAACCCGUCUAAUCUGACAGAACUGGACCUGAGCGGGAACAAGAACAUGAAGGAUUCAGCAUUUCUUCAUCUGUGUGGUUUUCUGGAGAGUCCAAACUGCAGACUGCAGACUCUGAGGUCAGACUCCAUGUUUAUGAUGAGUACAGAUGACUGACUGAUGACAUCACUA